AUGGCAUCGUUACAUCCGAAAUGGAAGAUCUCCAGUACAGCGUACAGGGAAUUCGCUAACGGACAGUCCUCCGCUGCGGACGCUCCGGAUGCCUUCGGCCUCCGAAAUCUCACCUACAUUCAGCUCACGAGCGAAGAUGAACUGCCGAAGGAUCUCCACAAACAGCUAAACUACCGAAGACUGAAGCAUCAGUGCGAUCAGAGGCACGCUCAGAUGCGAAAUCUCGCCCAUGGAUUGCAGAGUAGUGAUCCACAGGAGCAGCAGACUGCCGGCGAAACCUUGCAAAGGCAUAAGCGCGCUAUCGCCGAUUGGUUCUAUCGCCAAACACCAAGUGGUGCGGCAAGGGACACUCAGCCGAACGUUACCAUCAGCUGGGAGGCGCGUCCCGGGCGGACAUGUGCUGCCGGCAGCAUGACUACUGUAAAUUGA